UUUGUAAAAAUGUGCUAGGGUAUGAGUGGGACAGGAUUGUAAACUGUUCACGAGUUUCUUGGUUACAUGGCAGAGACAUAAAAUUGCUACCCUCAGCGUUUCCCUAUCAUAAACAUCUAUCAAUAUGCAAAUGACCUGCGCACGCACCCUCAUUUGGAAGGAGCAUGCCCUGAUUGGACGUCCAGGUCCACUUGUCACAGCUAACCACUUGUUGCCUCUUCCCCUCUACCUGGGGCCGCAGUCUUCCUGAGACGAGAGGAGGAACAAGUGUGGAUAGUGAAGCUGCUGUCACAUUCAGUCGACAAAAGAAAGCAGUUGAAGAAACCUCAUCUUACUGUGAACUAAUUAGAGAACUGCUGCACUAUCCUUUCAUCAUACCCUGAAUUGAAGCUAAAGAAAAACUGGUGUUGUCAUCGUAAGUGCACAUUCCACACUUCUAACUCUCCACAAUGCAGUCGUGGGUCGUGCUGCUCCUUGCUGUGCUGCUGUCGUGCUGCGGACCAUCUCUGUCGUACCCAGUCGGCCCUCCAACAGACGCAUGCGAGGACAUGUUCCCCAUUGGACACCACGCGGACGCUCACACCACCACACCGCCUUACGAGCUGGUGGUCAGCAGCACCAACCUCACAUCCAACACACAGUACAGUGUGACAGUUAGAGUCAAGUCCGGCCAGUCUACCUUCUUUAAAGGAAUAUUCGUGCAAGCACGUCUUGCCGACAACUGUAACAACGUUUCUCCCCUCGGCCACUUCAGCAUCUCGAGCAACGACAGCUUCCUGCAGUUAAUGCAGUGCAGCGCAGCAAACGACGCUGUGUCUCAGAAGAAUGACACUGUCCAGACUAACAAGAACUUUACCUGGACAUCACCAUCUGUCAUCCCGGGUACAGUCUACUUCAGGGCGACGGUGGUGUACAAUGAGAAGAUCUUUUGGACCGAUGUGUUCUCAGGCUUCCUGCUGCCGUCAGGCGCUAAACUAAACCCGCAGUACUGUCCUGUGCAGAAGACAAUGCAUCUAUCGACAACUUCCUUUGAGGAAUCGUCAGAUGCAUCGAUUGUCGCCCCUGCUCGGGUGCUGACGACUGUCGUGUGUGUUGUCGCUCUUGCUGCCAGGAUCUGACCUCGUAAAACUUUCGUCGUGUUAAAACAAAAACUCUUUCUCUCUAGUGUAGUCUGCUAAAAUUAAUCUCACAGUCACCUGAAAAGUAUUGCGCAGGAUUUUAAACAAUUUUUAUUUGCUUUGUGGGCGGUUGUUUUCUUCUUACAUGCCAGUUUGCGUUACAUUAAAAAAAGUAAAUGUUAAAUGAUUUAUUAAGAGCACAAUUCUUUCGAUUACUUGACUGCCUUUAAUUUUCUGUCGAAAUCUACUCAGGUACAAAGGGUAGGUAUAUUAUGUCCGUACACAGCAGGUGUUUGAUUUACACAUUGCACAAAUGAGGCGCAAAUGCUGUGUACAAUACUUUGUCUUUCUUUCUCAAGAUUAUUAUAUUAUGCUUACGAAAGUUGUAGAUAGUUUUUCUUUUUUUUUCUUAGAACAUUUAAAGUCUUUUUAUUGAUGUACAUAUCUGAACGAUGUUCACAAUAUAGGGAUCCGAAGCCCCAUUGUUUGUGUUUUGUUAUCAACCCAAGUGAUAAUGCUAAUAUCCUGUCAUGUCCCUUUUGUCCAAGUGUUCUGGAGUCAGAGUUGCAUGUUCUGUUUUUCUAUCCAAGAUACAUUGAAAUAUCCAUCUGCUUUUCGUUUAUCCACAUUACUAGAAAAGGCCUGCAAUUAAUUCUGUAUUAAUAAAUGUAUCAAAAUACAUUUACGAGAUAUUCGAAGUACGAAAUUUAAUUAACAAUUGAUUACUCAAUGUAUUAUGUAGUUUGUGUAAAUUAUGAUGCUUACUUUAUUGUACUUUUUGUAUUAUAUUGUUGGAUUACUAUGACCCUCUACAAUAAAUUCAAAUUCAAUUCAAUUCUCCCGAUUUUAUUAGAAUACCAGCUACUAAAAGUCCUAAGGGUAUGUUAUGCUGUGUGCUCUGUAAAAAUUUGUGUAUAUUCAUUACAGAAAUUUCUCU